UAAAUUAAUAUAAUGCACCUCCUCUUAACUUUUCAGCACCUAAACAUGACUUGAUAAACUGAAUUUGACUGCAUUGUAUUAUUAGAAAGUAUGUGGACAACUUUCAAUCUGUCUGUGAUUUGCUUGAUUUCUCUUGAUCUAAGAUAUUGAGAGUAUAAAAAAACUGAAUUGAGCUAAAUGCCUCCCUCCACACUUUAUUCCCUCCCUUUGUUGUUCCAUUGGAGCAAUUAUGACCAAAUCAUAACAAAAAACAGUGGUUUACCUGUAUCUAUGGAAACACAGAUGCAGGUAAACCGCUGCGUCUGUGGUUUAGAUGCAGUGUUACAUUAAUAACAUUGGGAGUUUAGUCCCAGUGAUCUUAAUGUGUCAAGAAUGGAGUUUCAGAGAAUGAGAUGAAUCCAACAAAGGUGAAGAAAGAAGGGAUGGAAAAAGAUGAAGCUUCAACGGAUGACCAUCUACAUCGCUUCAACGUCAAAUUUGGUUCGGAUCCUCAGAAAUACACCAUUGACUGUAAAAAACCACGCACUGUACUUGAGGUGAUAAAAUUGAAGCAUUCCACAAAAUAUGAAAAAGAAAUGGAGAAACCAGGGGAGAAAAAGAGGUUGGAAGAAAACCUCAUCAUAAAGGUGGGUGAAGGGAAUGAUUCCUACAUUGUUGCAACACAUUUCCCUUGUUCUUGUUUAGCAACCGAUGAUUGUCUGACAACAACUACAUCAAAUAAUAUCAUAGAGAAAAAGCAACAGCAGGUCAGAGUUCUCCCAAGAGAAAAAUAUUCUGUUUUCUUCAUAGAUAAAGAAGGAGGGAAGGACACCAAAUCCAAAACUGAUAUGAUAUUUAGAUGUAACAAUAUUCAGCAGCAGUUUAGGUAUUUCUGUGUUUAUGGGAGGAAAGGGAUGACGGUGGAGGAAGCUUUAACACGGGACGGUCGCUUUGUUGAUGGUCUCACAGACUUCACAUUGUCUGAUAACAAGACUGGAGACGUUACAAACUAUACAGAAAUAGUUGACAACCUAGAUGGGAAGGAAUUUCAGAUAUGUCUUCCAAGGAAGGGGAAAACGAAGGCAACAAAUCCACCACAAGUAGUUCAGGAGCAAGACUCGACACAACAGACCAGCCAGGAGCAGCGGCAGGAGGAAAAUGCUUCUGCAUCAACCAAAGUACAGAACAUUGAAGUUACAAAGGUUCUAGAGUAUGCAAGACAGAAGGGUAUCAGUGGAAAGACAUCAAUAGAAGAUUUAAAGAUUCAAAUUGACCUUAAUGAGAUCAAUGACCUUCUGCGGAAGCAGUUCCCAAAACUGAAAGCAUUGAUGGAGAGUAGAUUUCCUGGCCGUUCCUUUGAGGAAACCCUGAAACUGAAACGGGAAAACUUUGGAAAGAUCCAGAAUUCCUUUAGUGAAGUUCACACUGUGAGAGAGCUGCUGAACCUCAGCAAGUCCAUUUGUCUUUUGAUGAUAGAGGAGAAGAAUAAUUCAGGUUUAACCGAGUUAAAGAAAACUGUGCAGGGCACAGGCUUUGUUCUGUUUGACAACUUUGUCCUAACCAAUGCCCACUUGUUUGAACCUUGGGAGAAAAUGAAUAACUGGGUGAACUAUCUGACUGUUACUGCAGAGUUCAGCUUCGAAAGUAAAGGUAAACCAGGGAUGAAAUAUCAGGCUACAGUAGUUGGUGGAACCCAUGAUUUAGAUUUCGCUCUGUUGGAGCUCACCCAACUCCCUGGUCAAGCAGAGGGGCAGAUAAUACCUCCAGGCCUCCUGAAGAUAUUUGGUCCGAUACCAGGUGGUGAUGGUGGGGCUUGUAUUAUUGGACAUCCAGCAGGAGGAGUGAAGAAAAUGGACAUUACAUGUAUCAUCAGGAAAGAGGACAAGGAGCAGGCCGUCAAGCAGAAUUUGGCGUCCCAUGAACCCUUUAUUGUCUGCUCAACUAAUUAUCAGAUCAAAAGAGACACCAAUGCAGAUAUUCAUGUGACCUACAACAGCUUCAUGUAUCAUGGCUCCUCUGGCUCCCCAGUGUUUGAUGCUGUUGGACAAGUGUUUGGUUUGCACUCUGGUGGAUUUUUCUAUAACACGGUGAUUCCUGGUCACAGUGUUAUGGAAUAUGCCUACCCACUGCUUGACAUAUUCAAAAAGCUCCUGGGUGAGCUCCAGAAAACUGACAAGUGGGAUUUGUUGGAGAGAAUUAUGAAUGAAGCAACGGGAAAUCCAUACCUUGAGAUGAUCCUUGAAUCUGUUGGACUGAAACAAACUAAAGUUCAGGCUCUCUGUGUGGAGAAUCGGGAGAGAACGGAUGAAACAGGAGAACAAUCAGAUUAUGUGGAGGAAAUGGACCAAAGUUAGUGUUCAAUUUAGGUGUCAAGAGAAAUGGCAGAUCACAGCACAUGACAUGUUAAUUACAGUUAUAAGCAAACAUCUGGCAGCACAUUGCUGAAUUUCCUUUACAAAUGUUGGUCCUACUAUUUUUAUUUUAUAAAUUGGGUGUAAAACUAAUUUUCGCUUUGGGCCAAAUCAACAUCAUGAAUGCUCUCAAACGGCCAGUUGUGCCAGAAUGUAUUGAUAAAACCUGUUCACAAAAUAUCAAUGAAUUCUUAAAAUUAAAUAUCAUUGAACA